GGGCGGUAGGAAACUUCGUCUCUGCUAACUUGCAGCAGGGGCGCCGGUGGGCGCGGAGCAGCUGCGACCGAGGAGGGGGUGGCUGGGGGCGCUAAGACAGGCGCUGAGCCGCGCACUUCGGAGAUGGCCCCUCGGCUGGGGAGGCGGCGGCGACGGCGGCUGCAGCUACUGCUUCUCCACCUCCGGCGCUGCUGCUUCCACCUCCUUCUCCCCGGCCUCCUGCUGCUACUGCUGCCGCCCCUGCCACCUCUCUGCAGCGCCUUCAACCUGGAUGUAGAUAGUCCCGCCGAGUAUUCUGGCCCGGAGGGAAGUUACUUCGGCUUUGCGGUGGAUUUCUUCGCCCCAGACCCUUCCUCGAUGUUCCUUCUGGUUGGAGCUCCCAAAGCAAACACUACCCAACCUGGCAUUGUAGAAGGAGGACAAGUGCUCAAGUGCAGCUGGUCUUCUAAUCGAGUAUGUCAGCCAGUGGAAUUUGACUCAACAGGCAAUAGAGAUUAUGCCAAGAAUGAUCCAUUGGAGUUUAAGUCUCACCAGUGGUUUGGAGCUUCCGUGAGAUCCAAACAGAAUAAAAUUUUGGCCUGUGCUCCAUUGUAUCAUUGGAGGACUGAAUUGAAACAAGAGAGAGAGCCUGUUGGAACCUGUUUUCUACAAGAUGGAACAAAGACUGUUGAGUACGCUCCCUGCCGGUCAAAAAAUAUUGAUGCUGAUGGACAGGGAUUUUGUCAAGGAGGAUUCAGCAUUGAUUUUACAAAAGCAGACAGAGUACUUCUGGGAGGUCCUGGCAGCUUUUAUUGGCAAGGUCAGCUCAUUUCUGAUCAAGUGGCAGAAAUUGUGUCUAAAUAUGACCCCCGUGUAUACAGCAUCAAAUAUAAUAACCAGUUAGCAACUCGGACAGCUCAGGCUGUUUUUGAUGACAGCUACCUAGGCUACUCUGUGGCUGUUGGGGACUUCAAUGAUGAUGGCAUAGAAGACUUUGUCUCUGGAGUCCCAAGAGCUGCAAGGACAUUGGGAAUGGUUUAUAUUUAUGACGGGAAAAAUAUGUCUUCUUUGUAUAAUUUUACUGGAGAACAGAUGGCUGCAUAUUUUGGAUUUUCUGUAGCUGCCACUGACAUUAAUGGGGAUAAUUAUGCAGAUGUGUUUAUUGGAGCUCCCCUCUUCAUGGAUCGUGGGUCUGAUGGCAAACUUCAGGAAGUGGGUCAGGUCUCCAUAUGCCUGCAGCAAGCUUCAGGAGGUUUUCAGAUCAUCAAGCUGAAUGGCUUUGAGAUCUUUGCCAGAUUUGGUAGUGCUAUUGCUCCUCUGGGAGAUCUUGACCAGGAUGGCUUCAAUGACGUUGCAAUUGCUGCCCCCUAUGGGGGAGAAGACAAACGAGGGAUUGUUUAUAUCUACAAUGGAAGAGCCACAGGCUUAAAUUCAGUGCCAUCUCAAAUCCUAGAAGGACAAUGGGCUGCCCGGGCCAUGCCACCAAGCUUUGGGUACUCAUUGAAAGGAGCCACAGAUAUAGAUCAAAAUGGAUACCCAGAUUUAAUUGUAGGUGCUUUUGGAGUGGACCGAGCUGUUUUAUAUAGAGCCAGGCCAGUUAUCACUGUAAAUGCAGGCCUAGAAGUUUAUCCCACUAUUCUAAAUCAAGAUAAUAAGAACUGUCCACUCCCUGGCACAGAUGUCAAAGUUUCAUGUUUUAACGUGAGAUUCUGCUUAAAGGCUGAUGGCAAAGGGAGGCUUCCGGAGAAGCUGAAUUUCCAGGUUGAACUUCUUUUAGAUAAACUGAAGCAAAAAGGAGCCAUUAGGAGAGCCCUCUUUCUCCAUAACAAAUCACCUGGACACUCAAAGAACAUGAGUAUUUCAAAGGGUGGGCAGAUGCAAUGUGAAGAGCUUACAGCGUAUCUACGGGAUGAAUCUGAAUUUAGAGACAAGCUCACUCCAAUUACUAUUUUUAUGGAAUACAGAUUAGAUUAUAAGACUGCAGCUGAUGUGACUGGAUUGCAACCCAUUCUUAACCAGUUCACUCCUGCCAAUAUUAGUCGACAGGCUCACAUUCUACUGGACUGUGGUGACGACAAUGUGUGCAAACCCAAACUGGAAGUUUCUGUACAUAGUGAUCAAAAGAAGAUCUAUAUUGGUGAUGACAACCCUCUGACACUGAUUGUUAAUGCCCAGAAUCUAGGGGAAGGAGCCUAUGAGGCUGAGCUCAUUGUGUCCAUUCCACCCCAGGCAGAUUUCAUUGGUGGUGUCCGUAACAGUGAAACUUUGUCAAGGCUGUCCUGUGCAUUUAAAAUGGAGAAUCAAACACGCCAGGUGGUAUGUGACCUUGGAAAUCCCAUGAAGGCUGGAACUAAACUUUUAGCUGGUCUUCGUUUCAGUGUGCACCAACAGUCAGAGAUAGAUACUUCUGUGAAGUUUGAUUUACAAAUCCAGAGCUCUAAUCUGUAUGACAAAGUGAGUCCAAUGGUAUCUUACCAAGUUGACCUUGCCAUUUCUGCUGCUGUUGAGAUAAGAGGAGUCUCAAGCCCUGAUCAUGUCUUCCUUCCUAUUCCAAACUGGGAGCAUAAGGAGAAUCCACAGACUGAAGAGGAUGUUGGGCCUGUUGUGCAACACAUCUAUGAGCUGAGGAACAAUGGCCCAAGUUCAUUCAGCAAAGCGAUGCUAAAUCUUCAGUGGCCUUACAAGUAUAACAACAACACUUUGCUAUAUAUCCUUCAUUUUGAAGUUGAUGGACCAAUGAACUGUACUUCAGAUAUGGAGAUUAACCCAUUGAAAAUUAAGAUUUCAAUGCCUCACGUAGAUGAAAAAAAUGAAACAAACAUAGGACAAGGUGACCGGAGUCAUCACAUUACUAGGCGGGAUUUACCUCCCAAUGAAGGGGACGUACACACUUUGGGAUGUGGGACUGCGGAGUGCUUGAAGAUUGUCUGCCAGGUUGGUCGUCUUGACAGGGGAAAGAGUGUGAUCCUGUAUGUAAAGUCUCUUCUAUGGACUGAGACAUUCAUGAAUAAGGAAAAUCAGAAUCAUUCAUACUCCCUGAAGUCAUCAGCUUCAUUCAAUGUCAUAGAAUUUCCCUACAAGAAUCUCCCUAUUGAUGACAUCCAUAACUCUACAUUAGUUACCACUAAUAUUACCUGGGGUAUUCAGCCAUCACCCAUGCCAGUGCCUUUGUGGGUGAUCAUUUUAGCAGUUCUCGCAGGAUUAUUAUUAUUGGCUGUUCUGGUCUUUGUAAUGUACAGGAUGGGUUUUUUUAAACGAGUCAGGCCACCUCAGGAAGAACAGGAAAGAGAACAGCUUCAACCUCAUGAAAAUGGUGAAGGGACUUCGGAUGCUUAACAACUUUUAAUUUAUGCAACAUACUUAAACUUUAGAAUUGCCAACUUCAUUAUGGAUUUCAGUUUCUCUCGAGAGGAAUAAACACUCCAUGACUGCACUGCUGAUCACACCCUUUGGCAUAGACAAGUAGCCCUAAACAACAAAAUGAGACAAUGUGUCAGCCAUCUCUUGUAUUAACCAUGUUCCUAAUUCAACUAGUAAUGCACAUGCACUGACAUGUGUGGAAAUCAUAAGUAUUGUUUAGUGAUUUUGAUAAUCAGAUUUCAAGAGACUGUGCCCUGUUUGAUGCACAUCGGACUGAUAUUCCUUGAAUUGCCGCUUGGAUUUAAUGAAAAUCGUAAAACCAGCAGCUUUUGUAGUUACUAUUUCUAACAAUGGUUUUGUGUUUUGUUUUUCUCUUUAAGACAAGACUUUAUUUGGGCCUUAUCGUCCUGUUCCUUGGUACAGAUUCAUACUGUUAAUAAGCAUUACACUACAGGUGAUUUUCAAGCUACAAAUGGAUGCGUAUAGACACAACUUAGUGAAUUUUGGCUUACAAGAUUAUUUGAAUUCCUUUUAGUAUUUCACUGUCUAUGUGACUCCAUCAGUCAUCUUUCUAGAGACCAUAAAUAAACUAGCUAUAAAUGUAGCAGUCAGAAUCACUAAAAAUGUUUGAGACUUCUGUUUUUAUUGCAUUUUAAUUUUUAAAAAAUUGCUUGUCUCAAGGACAAAGAUUUAAGUCAGUCAACCUGUACUAGUACAAAACAUUAAAUGUCUAAUUAUAAACUUUUUUAUAGUAAUUGAAUUUUAAUAAUUACAUUAAAUCACCUUCCUGAAAGCCAUACAGGGACUCAAAUCAUUCCAAAAUUACCUUUAUUCCCAUUUUUAUAGUUAAAUAAUUUGGAUGUACUCCUGAUCAAUCGAAUAUUUAUGGGUAGCUAAUUUUGAUCAACUUUUAGGAAGUAAUCACAGGCUAUUAUAAGUGAAAAUAACAUGAAUGAAAAGAUUGCCAUUGUUGUUAUAGUUAUUAGUUCACGAUUUGGAUUCAGUCAGUUUUGUAAUUUGAGAUUGUUUAUCUUAAAAUACAUUUUCUUUGUAUUUUGAAACUGACACAGAAAAAAAUCUCAAGGUAAAUGGAAAUGAGUUUACUUUGUUUUGAAUUUGCUCUUCCCUCCUUAACAGAAAUGUUUAUUUGUCAGAAUUAACCCUCCUCCCCCCAACCCAGCUCACCAGUGGAUUUAUUAUUUGAAUAAGUUGUUACUAAUGUAAAGUGUUUUCCUAGGGUAAAGAUUAGUUAUAAAGCAACCUUUAGUUUUUCCUAAUCUAUAAGAAUUUGUAAAGGCAAUUUCAAAAAUUCCCCAUAUGAAAACAUAAAUAAGGGUAAUUUUCCAGGCAUUUUACUGAUAGCUGCACAUGCAGGGAACUAGUAUUUUCAAAUCCCUGUGGUGGUGAAUCUUCAAGAGUGAUAUUUUGAUGUGCUCACCAUGUUUUAGGGUUUGAGCAUAAUGAUAUCAGUUGACUUUGACUUUGCUGUUGCUCUCUGUAAGGACAUUAUGAUGAUGCAAUUAGGAUUAAGAAAGUUGAACACCAUUUGUAAAGUUUGGUUUUCAUUAUGCAGUGUUACAUAUUUCUCUUUCUUAAAUCAGAUUUUUUUCCUUAAGUUUCACAGGGAGCUGCAAAUCAUUUCUGCUUUUUUUUUUAAUAAUUCUAUGUAUAUGAAAUAAUGUUGGGUUAUAUUCACAAAAUCAAAGUACAUUUAGGUGAGCUUAUACAAAUUAUUUGUUUAGAGAAGUUCUUUAUGUAAUUUUAAUAAGCAUAUUGGUUGGCAGAAGAAUUUCAAAUCAAAUGUAUUUUUGGAGCAGUGCUUUUUGCCAACAAUUUUAAAAGGGAUCUUACAUAUACAUUGAAUAUUUUAUAUUGCGAAUGAACUUGAUAUUUUAUAAAGAAGUUAUUUGUGAUAAAUAUCCUAAGGCUUUGUCACCAUGUAGCCAUUUUGAAUUUUAUUGACACCCCUCAAACAAUCACUUUAGCCAUUUUCACAAUUAAUACCAUUUACUACUACUGCAUCUUUUAUGUAGCAGUCCAUUUAAAGUCACAGAAAUGAUCAAAUUAGACAUGUUAUAAUCUCUUCUUUUCUUGGCCUGUGCCUGAAAUUAAAGCAACUAGUAUUGCAGAUAUAAAGACUAGAUGAUCCAUUAACACUGGAAAUAGUAGUAGAGAAAAAAAUGAAAUAAAACUUAAAGCAAUAAUAUGACUCAUGAAAAAGAUGGAGAAAUGCCAAACCUGAUAAAAAUAUUGUAUAAUUUAUGGAUUUCUCUUUCUGAAGCAAAUAUUUGAAAAAUAAUUUAAAUAUUGGUUUUUACUCUAGAGUGAUGAUGUGAAUGUAUAUGGCUUUUUAGAUAACAAUCCUAUAAAAUAUAUACAUUUGUGCUGCCAAAAAGGUACCACUUUGUUAAUAGUAUUUACAACUUUAGACCUAUGCCUUUUAAUUUGAUUCUUGGAGACAGUAUAAUAAUGAGUUUGAAAAUCUUAAUUGGCAACAAAGAUACAUUUAGUAUGACCUAAAAGGCCAAGUAUUAAAGAUGUUUAAAAAUUGCUUUUUAUAAGAAACUUUUCUGAUAGUUUUACUAGCUCGUCCCUUCCUCCCAUUUUUUCUUUUAUAAGUCAUUAAGAGUGUAAUUUUGGUGACAUCGUUCUAAGGAAUUUUGAAACGUAAGAAAAAUGAAAACAUUAACAGCCAUUUUUCUAAAAGAGAAUCACAAUUCUUCUAUUUUGAAACUAUUUAUCACACUGAUUAAGGUAACAUUUACUUUCAGAGAAAAUGCAUGAACUAUUAGAAAAUUAGCCUUUCAGAAUAAUUUUAGAGAAUUAUGAAACGUUUUUGAAAAAUUUAUCCAUUUCUUUAAAAAAGGACUUUGAUGACCGGGUUGUGAUAAGUGCCGUGUUUGCUAGUUUUCAUAAAUCAAAUUGGUUUCUGUAGGUUGGUCUUUCUUCAGAAGGUACUAAUCUUAAUGCUAAAAGGGUUAUCACAUCGCUAUUUUUCCCUUUCUGGCCUCAUACUCAUUGGUAACCAAUCAUUAGCGAUAAAGCCACCUUGUUUAAAGGUAAUUUGUUACCUGUGGUAAUCUUGUACAUGUAAAAGACAGUUCCUCAUGGAAAAGAAACAGAAUUGAAAAGUGUGUACUAGAAUGAAGAAGCCUAUGACUCAUUCAUAAUUUUGUAGUGUACCUUUUCAUUUGGUGCAGUAGUUUGGGAUAAGCCUUUAUAGACUGCUAAUGUGAAGAGUACAUGCUAGGUAAUGAAUUUUUUUUGGGCUAGGUACUGAAUCUUUUUCUUUAUGUUUUCAAGUGCAAUAUAACAAUUUAACAAGGCUUGGGUAAUUUCAAAGUUAUUAAUUUAAUAGUCCUUAAUCUAAUAAAAGAUUGUGUUCUUGACAGUCUGAUUCUGCUGUUUUUAUCAGGCAAAAGAACUUUGCCUUUGUUCCAUUCAGAAAGUUGAUUUUAGACUGCACUUAGGUAUUAUUUCUAACCAGCCUAAGGCAUUAAAAAAAUACUGUACUGCUUAAUAACUUAUAUCCUGAAAAAUAGAGAGGAGCCAUGAGCCUAGAGAUCCAUGUUCUGGGACAUACUAAAGAUCCUUUAACUUCAGAGGGAGAAAAAGCCUUCCUUCAAUUUCAGUAGAAGUUUUACCUAUGCUAAAGAAGUGCAUAAUUAGUUCUAUGUGGUUUUAAAGCAUUUUAUGGCAACUUAGAAAAUAAUGUAUCAAAUUGAGUUGAUACAUAAAAACUGUAGAAAGCAAUUUUCUUUGUUACUUACUCUGACGACCCAUAUUGGGUAUGGCAUGAAAAUAAAAUUUUUCAUUUGCUAGCUCAGUGAUUUGAGUUAGACAAAAUUGAUACAGUGCUCUGCAAAGUGUUUGCAAAGUAUAAAUAUAGUAACUGUAAAAUAAGAUUGGGUAGGGCAUAUGAUGCCACUUCUGCUCCUAGUCUUUAUAUUUUCACUGUAUCUUUUCUUUAAAAAAAAGUUCUUUUGACACAAUGAGCCAUCAGUAAUGCACUAAAUGGUAAACUUGUGGCCAUAAAGAGAGAGAAGAAAAAAAUAAAAAUAAAUGCAAUCUAAUCUUAAAAUAUAUUCUUAUAAAGUCAGUAUACAUGGAAAUAACUGAUCCUUAGAUUUUAAGCAAAAUAUAUAAGGAGUCGAAAAGGCAAUAUCACACUGACCUUUAAGAAUAAGAAUGGUUGUUAUUUGCUAAACUAGACACUUACCUCUUCAUUUUAUAGAAAGAAAUUUUUUGGCAUCUACAAUGUUAGUGCAAUAAAUGUUAAACUUUUUUUUCAUGUAGCUGUUCAGUAAUACAAGACUAAAGAAAUAUCAACUUACUCUUUGGAAUUUUUGAAAUAUACCCACCAAUCAAAUAUUUAUAAUUCAAGAAAGAAUGGAAUUAAAAAAAACAACUCUAUCAAUUUAUACUAGUAAAAGUAAAAUACAAUGAUAAGAGGUCUUUGAGUUAUAGUGCUGUAUUUGGAAAAACUAUUACUGAUAUCAAUUCACAAUGGGCUAAUGUGAUAUCUGUUUCUUAAUUAAGUUUUAUCUCAGAGAUCCUCUUUCCCCUCUGUGAUAAGGUUUGUUUGUUGAAAUGCACUCUGAUUUUUUCCCAAUAUAUUUUAAGAUGUUUAAUGAUGGUGUUCAUGGGUAAAUCCUAUUGUAAAAAUUCAUUUUUCGUCCUGAGAAUUUUGCAAUAAAAUACCUCUACAUACAAAA